GCUUCACAAUGGGUGGCCGGCGUCCCCAAGUGUUCAUUCAAUGAAACCGUCACGGUCACACUCGCAAAUAUUCAUCAAAACCCCGGCUUCAAUAAUAUCUCCCAAACAAAACUUUACCCGCCCACCGGUGAAGCCCGGGCGAUUCAUCACACGUGUCGGCAUCGCGACAUGUUCCAAGGGAGUCCGAGCAUACUCGAGUACAGUCUCCCGGUACAAGUACCGUGAUCCCCAGCUCGGCGCCGAGCAACGACCCGGCAACCAAUCUCCCAUCUUGUACUCGAGUACGGAGCCGUACCACCCGCUAAUCACUCGCUCUUCUCACACACCCUCACGGAUAAUAGUUUCUCCUAUAAAUUCUACCUGGCCUUUGCACCAAGAAAGUACCGGUACGGCGCGGACAUACGAGAUAGAGCACGGUAUUACAAAGUGAGCAUUAAUAUCUCUUUCCCUCCAUUAAGCCCUACCUUUACCGCAUUGAUAAACUACACUUCUGCUAUAGGUAACCCCAAUACUGCCAACGAUCCCCCCCCUCCCUCCCCACUAAUCCGCUCACAACUCAAUUGACAUGGUACAGUGCUCUGUGCUCUGUAGCACUAGAUGGAACGUGGGACGUGUAGCACGGUAACAAAUUUCGUUUUUCACUGACAAAAAAACAAACAAACAUCGGCGCGGGGGCCGAGCAGGAGAAGGCUCUUAAACCCCGGGGAAUCCCUUUCAGGAAAAUCGGUGUGCGAAAAACGAAUUGAGUUCCUUCCCCAAACGAACGGAACAACGCCCGCCGGGUCGCUGGUUGGACAGACAGCGAGGGGCAGUUGUUUGCUGGAACGUGGGCGGCGGGGAGAAGUGGGCUUGUUGGCGGGAAAUCUACGGCGGGAAUCCAACCAGAACAAAGGGUCCAGCAAUCUUCUAACCAAGGAGGGAAGGAAGUGUACUUACUCAUAUGUAAGUGGAGGUGGGGAGGAAAUCAAAGGCGCUGCGGGGGUUUGGUUGGAAAUAAAGGGAUUAUAAAGAUAAAAAUAAAAAUAAAAAUAAAGAAUUACCCUUUUGUGGAGGGGGUCGUGGUCUCUUGCGUUGUCCACCACACAAGGAUUCGAUAACGAUAGGCUGUUUUUUUUUUCUCUCUCCUCUGCCGAGAUCGUUCCGCGGGAGGAAGCACGGACAGACGGACAGACAGAAGACCGUCGGGGGGAAAGGAGCUUAGGAGAGGAGAGGAACCUUUUUUUCCACACGGAGACGCACAAAAUUAUAGGGAGAAUGAUCAGGCCGGCAACUUACAGAACGAGGUUCGUGAUUCUGGCGUUUGUUGUGAUUGUUUAUUUCAACUACGUCAUCUCGCCAGAAUUCGGGAAUGGUGGCUCCAGCUCCGAGCUGAACCGUCCCGGAUCAUCGCCAUCAGAGCUCGGUAUAUUCAACGGCGGUGAAACGGGACAGAAGGAGGAGGAGGGCCCUCGAUACGGGAACCCCAUACAAUUCGAUUUCAAGGGUAGCGGUAGAGGUGCUGGGGACAGCAAGCGGGCCCACGAGAUCAAGGAGACCAUGAGCAGAACCUUUUGGAAGUAUAGGCUUGGAGCUUGGGGCAGCGAUGAAAUUAUGCCGAUCAGUGGGAACGGGAAAACUACAAGGUGGGGGAACUUUUUUUCCCCCACGUUCUCUUUCCUGAAGCCGCCGGCGCCCAUCCUGUUCUCGCGUUCGCGCCUCAGCUGGGCUGGGGUUUUCUCCCCUUCUUCUCCAUUCCUUCUCCUUCUCCUUUGAAGCUCAAGCUAACCUUGCCCUUUGCAGGAAUGGAUGGGCAGCGACUAUUGUGGAUACUCUGACGACGACCGCCAUGAUGGGUCUUGAGGAGGAGUUUAAGCUUGUGCGUGAUAGCCAAGGGCAAAGUGAUAAUGUGUGAUGCUGAUCUUCGGGUGGUAUUUUUUUAUAGGAAUUAAAUUUCACACUCGGAAUCGAUUUCAGUAAGGCUGAAGACCUUGUCGAUCCCUUCGAGACAACUAUACGGUGGGAUCUACCCCCUCCCCUCCUCCCUCGAUCCCUCCUGCUAGCUCUAUACUGAUAUCUGAUAGCUAUCUCGGAGCUAUUAUUUCCACCGUGGAGCUCAUUGAUAACGGCGUUGUCCGCAGAAGACUUGUGUCUGAGCAGGAAAGGAAUGCCCUGGUAGCUAAGGCUUUGGAGCUAGCUGAUAAAUUAGCGCCUGGUUUCGAUUCUCCGUCUGGUAUGAUAUGGCCCAGAAUCAAUUUCAGUACAAAUAGAGGUUGCAGAGAAGAUGGGAGAGAAGUGGGAUUGCAUAACCAUCCCACAAUUGGCCCUGCCCGGGCCGGAACCAAUUGGCUGGAGAAUAAAGUUCUUAGCAAGCUUACUGGAAAUGAUAUAUAUGGGGAGAAUGCAACACGUGCUUGGAAGUAUACUUUGAUUCCCCAUCGUCCCUGAAGCUUGAUAGGUUUAUUAACCCUGUAUUAUUGUUGUUUCUCUCUCUUUUUUUUAGGAAGCUUGUCUGGAACGAGUAAGUGUAAAACUGGGUUCGGUAUUCCGCCUUUUCUGACGAUUCGGGAUACAGGUACACAGAGGAUUGGCCGGGGCUUGCCCAGUAAGUGCUCCAACGCUCUGUGCUUCCGGUGGGUAACCAGGCAGGUUUCUGACAAAUACUUUUAGGUCUCCGCUUGACAUCAUGACCGGCAAUCCUGUUGACAAAGAUCGAAGUUGGGGUGGAGGGCACGACUCGUAAGGGAGCUUCCGAAUGUCUUGGGAACCGAUAUUGUCGGCUGCUUACUGAUACCGACCGUUGCCAAUGAUAGAUAUUACGAAGUUGACAUCCUGUUGUUCCAUUGGGCGGCUAUUGGAUAGGAGCUAACCUUUCGUCAAUAGUAUCUCAUCAAGGCACAAAUAUUAGCGCCCAAGGACCGGUACGCAAAUGUGUAUAGAGAGAAGUGGGUGAAAGCUGUCGAGUCCACAGUUAAACAUCUUGGCCAAUGGUCGACCCCGGGAAGGGGUCGUCAAAAAGGAAAUUUGUUCCUCGCUCAGUGGAAGAAUGGGCUUUUAGUCAAUGAGAUGGGCCACCUCGCAUGCUUCGCCGGCGGGAACUUCAUAUUAGGAGGGAAAUACCUCGGUAGAAAAGACUUUGUACAAUUUGGUCUGGACGUCGUCGACGGAUGCCACGAGACCUACGUCAGCGCGAUUACACGCAUCGGACCUGAACUCUUCGCCUGGACACCGGCAGAUAAGAGGAUCGUUCCUGUGCUCCAACCCGAGCAUGAUGGGCAGCGGGAACAGAAAAGUAACGCAGGCUUUUGGGUCACGAACGCUAGGUAUCUGCUGCGUCCCGAAACCGUGGAGUCAUAUUUCUACGCAUACAGAGCGACAGGCAACCAGAUGUACCAAGAAUGGGCGUGGGAUGCAUACAAGUAUGUCAUUCCUAUUUGUUGUGCGAUGAUUGGGGGGGGGCGAUCUACUUUUGAGUGCUCGAUUGACUUCCUGUUUCUUUCUCUCUUCCCACUUGUGCAUUGCUCCCGAUCCUCAUAUGGUGCAGUAUACUAACUUGUGAUGCCCCUCAACAUAGGGCCUACAUGAAGGCAACCGAGGUGGAGUUCGGAUAUGCUUCAGUUAAAGAUGUCACUUUGCCUGAAGGAGGUGGUCUGACUGAUGAAGCAGAGAGUUUCUGGGGAGGUACGUCUAUCAUUUCCCUUCCCUCCCCGAUCUUUCUUCCCUUCAGGCACCCUUCCCGGAUCUUCCCCCCAAGACCCCCCUCUAUUUCUCCUCACGUGUGGUCUAGCCCGGUCAAUCCCUAUUCUUCUUUUUCCCCCUAACUUCACUAUCGGUGAGGUCCAAAUUAUUCUCUCACUCAUCCUCAACCUCUCACUCUCUUGCGACAAGUUGAUUUUCGUCUGCACAUGACCGCUUUCCCAUGCUGAUUAUCGCCUCACUUGUCCCCGGGGCGCUGGGAUUGGAUGUUCCGUAUUUCCAGCCGAGACAUUGAAGUAAGCUACAAUCCAUUAUCUCCACCUUUUUCUCCCCCCCUCCCUUCACGAAAAAUGUGCUCGCUUGAUUUUUUAUUUUUUUAUUUUCCAUGCCAUCCCCCUUCCCGCCGCUCUACACCCAUCCACACACUCUUUACACAGCCUUCUCCGCAAGGGCCGGAAGGACAAGGGAAACGGAGGGGGGGGUUCCCCCCCUCUUCCCAGUAUCUCCGCCCUUCAGCCGCAAAACAUCAUAUUCAAAAGGGAAGAGGAGAAAGAAGCAAGGAGGCAGGCAGAAGGAAAAAGAAAAAUGACAAGGCUAAUUUUCCUGGGCGCGAUUGCGCGCAUACACCCACAUGCACCAGAUAUCUCUAUUUGACAUUCACUAGUGAAGACGUUGGGAGCCUGGACGAAUGGGUUUUCAGCACUG